GCAAAAUGGCGGAUUACGUUGUUUUAUCGCACAUGUGAAAAGUUUCAGAUACGAUUUUGCAUGUUUUUCUUUCUGUCAGCAGAUUAUAACCACCCAAGAUGAAUUUGGCACAUAAGAUAAAUGAGAAAACCCGAACUGGAGAUGUAUUAAUUUCAGAAGAAGUGGAUUUUUCUUCGCUCCUGCUAUCAAAGCCCGUAAUUCAAGGCCUCCAGAACUCGGGGUUUGAACGGCCAUCACCAAUACAAUUAAAAGCAAUCCCGUUGGGCCGGUGUGGACUAGAUUUGAUAGUUCAAGCUAAGUCAGGAACUGGCAAAACAUGUGUGUUUUCUGUCAUUGCCCUUGAAGCAAUACAAGUACAAAGCUCUGCUAUUCAAGUAUUAGUCCUAGCUCCAACAAGAGAGAUUGCUUUACAGAUCUGGGAUGUGAUCAACAACAUUGGCAGUGCCAUGUCAGCAUUGCGAUGUCACACUUUCAUUGGUGGGCUACCAUUAAGCGAAGAUAAACAGAAAUUGAAGCAAUGUCAGAUUGCUGUAGGAACACCUGGUCGUAUUAAGCAGCUGAUCCAGACAAACUUGAUGAAAACUGAGAGUGUUAGACUAUUUGUGCUAGACGAGGCUGAUAAACUUCUAGAAGAGAGUUUCCAGGAACAAAUCAACUGGAUCUAUUCAGCACUACCUGACAACAAACAAAUGUUGGCUUUGUCGGCCACUUACCCAGAAUCCCUUGCACAACAUCUGACACGCUACAUGCGGAACCCAACAUUCAUGAGACUCAAUAUCUCGGAUCCGGCACUUCUAGGUAUUCGUCAGUACUACAAGAGUGUGCCCUACAGUCCCAUGGCUAACUUGGCAUUUGAGGCCAAGGCAAAGGCUGUCAUUGAGAUUCUCUCGGGCGUCAGCUUCCAGCAGUGUCUCAUCUUCUCCAAUCUACAGACCAGAGCUCAGAACCUGUCUGAUGAACUACAGAGACAGGGGUGGCCGACAGCCUGUAUUGCUGGCAGCCAUGAUCAGAAAGACAGGAUCGAGGCCAUGGCCAAACUGAAAACCUACAAGUGUCGUGUUCUCAUCUCCACAGAUCUGACAGCUCGUGGUAUAGAUGCCGAUAAAGUCAACCUGGUCAUCAACCUUGAUGUCCCACGGGACCACGAGACCUACCUUCAUCGCAUCGGGAGAGCAGGUCGAUUUGGGUCAUACGGUGUUGCGGUGACAGUGGUAAGUGAAGGGCAGGAGCAGCUGGGUCUGACCGCGGUGGAGAGGAAAUGUAACACUCACAUCAACAGCCUGCCAGACCCUCUUCCGGUGGAUCUGCUGAGAGCAACCGUCCAGAUCAACCUGGAUGACAUGGUCAGUACAGAGCAACUAAUCACCAGGCCAGACACAGGGACGAGGUCAUGUGACCUUCCUGUGACAAGCGAGGAAAGUCCGGUCAAGGACAGAAGGUUGGAGGAUAUUGAAGAUGGGAAGCAGAAUACUGAUGGAGAGGACCUGAAUUUAGUCAAUGGACGUGUUGGAGGAGGCAUAGAUGAUGGUGAGGAUACAAGGAGUGAGAAUAUUUGUACGCAAUAUCCCGGGGUAAUUUCUGAUAAGGAUUCUUCAAAUAUCUCAAAAGGAUCACAGGAGAAUGUUGGCAAAGGUUCAUUGAUAAUGACAGAAAUGAAAACAGUGUCCGAUAUGCAUCCAAAGAAAUGUUCAGAAAAUGCAGUGUCUGAGACCUUGUUGCCAAACACCGAAGUAAUACAGUUGAACUUGGAAUGGUUCCCAUGACUCCAAGAGAACAGUGUGACAAACAAGAAUAUACAAGUCAUGAAUAGCACAUGUGGUCGAUCUGAUAACAACAAACAUGAUUUAGACAACAGUGAACAGAGAGUGAGUGAUUGCAAUAUUAAUCAAAAGUUCGAUCAUACCAAGUUGAAUGAUUCUGGAACAAAUAUAUUAUCAAAUGGAAGGAAGAUAAAGACAGCAAAGAAAUGUCGAAAGAGGAAAGUUAAUAGUGAUUCUAUCAAGGAAUUUCCGUCAGAUCCUUCAAAUGAAGAAAAAUGUGUUGCCAUGGUUACUCAGAUAAAUGGACAAACAUGUAGCAUUACUACCAACAGUGAUGCAACAACAAACAUGAAAGCAUCAUUAGCCAACAGGCAGGGAGUUGGCACGAGAACUAUCGGCCAGGUUGAGUUAACAAUCCCAAGCUACAGGGAAUCUCUCGGUGGGAAAAACCUGGCAAAGCCACACACUUACAGCAGUGCGCUUGUUGAUUAUGAGAAGUUCUUAGAAAAGGGUGAAAGUGGUAAAAUGUUGAAUAUUCCUGAAGUUAUUUUAAGGAAUAUUGACCUUGAAAAGAAACAUUCAACUCCAGGAACAGAUUUCGUGAGGAGUGUUGCAGACUGCAUAGACAAGAUAUAUGAUUGUGCUCUGUCCAAGCCACAGCUAAGGGGAGACAAUCCUGACAUGUCAGAUCAAAGUGCUAGAGAUGCUGCAGCAGACGUCGAUGUGAUGCAGGUGUCAAGAGUUCAGAUGUGCAGCCAAACUACACAAACAAUAUCACCUGCUCAAAAGGUCAACCAGAAACCGAAGUCAGUUCGGUAUCAUCCAAUGUCUGUGUCCUCUCUUGCCAUGGUUGACCUUGACCUUACUGCAAAUAACAACAAACUGUAUUUGUCACAAAAUGUCUCUGGUAACAAAGAAAGUCCCUCGGUUUGUGUUGAAGAGUUAAAGGGAGAUACACACAUUCCAGAUACAAAUGCAGAUUAUGAACAAGCAAAUCUGAAAGGAGUUGGUAAGAGCUGUUCCAAAGAGGAUGAACAUGUUUUGGUUGAGAAGAGGCCAUAUAAGAUCAAAGUCAGUAAUCUAUCUGUGAAUGAGAACAGUGUUGGAAGUAAGGUUCAACAGGACGCUGUGUCGAAUAUAGCGACGAGGAGUGACUGUGAGUUGAUGUAUGUGUCUGGAGGAGUAGGGAGGAUCAGUUUGACAGCAGAUGCCAUCACAGUUGAGGACGAGCUGAUGAGGGACUGUAGACCAAGGUCAAGGAAAGGGAAGAUAAUGGCCGAUCUGGAUGGGCUUGAGUAUGGCAGGAAGUGUGGACGACAUCUCCCUGACCAGAUGUACGUGACUGGAGAGGAUCUCGUCAGUCAGGGAGACACGGACAGCUCGGACACGGACUCCUCCAGCUCAAGUUCAGAAUACGACCGAGAAGUGUUCAGGAAUAACUAUGUUGACGACCCACUGUUCAGAGAUUCUCAGUAUGGUAAUACACAUGAGAGAACAAACCAGAGGAGACAUUCUGAUCAUUACUCCUCAGGAUAUGAUGCCGAUUACUUGCCCUACGAUAAUCAGUACGUGUUUGAUGAACAUGACACUACAAAUGUGCAAUAUGGUGACCAGGGGUGGGGCAGUAAAGAUUUCGAACCCAACAUGUCCGACUAUCCAUAUGAUGCUUGGUCUCAACUGUGGGGAAACCCAUGGGGUUACUACCAUCCCCACCCCUACUGGUAUCCCCCUGAGUAUUAUGCCCCACCCCAUUAUUAUCCCUACCCCUACCCACCUGCCUGCUACCCCGCCCCCUAUCAUCCCAUGUGGCAAGGGGCAUGGUAUGGAAGGGUAGGACUGUCAGAUGAAGAACGAAUUGAUGCCAUGAGGAAGAAUAUGGAAUAUCAGAGAGCAUAUAUUAAGAAAAUGGCCCAAAUCAAGUAACAAUCAUUGGUCUAUAUCAGAUGUGAAAGUUAAUGAUACAAUGUGACAUAAGAGUGCUAGUAACAGUGUCACAAAUAUGCUAUUGUCAGAGUUGCUGAUGUUUUUGCCAUAGUUGUUUGUGCCAAAUCAAAUACUGAUCACAUAAUCAAAAACAGCAAUCUAACAAAUGGAAGCAAAAUUAAACUAUCACUGGCAGCCAUCAUCAACUUCCCCUCUUUCUGUAGUGUCUCUGAGUGCAAAAUGGCUCCUCUUAAAUCAGAUUAAAUAGUCCAGGUGAAUUUCUAGAAAAAGACAAAACUGUCUCCAAGACUAAAGGCUGUAGUUUGUGUGAAUUUCUUCCAAGUGAUUGGUCCCUAAGAUGUAGAACAAUUCUGACGCCAUGUCAAAAGUUUGUUGUACCUUUUCGUGACAAGGUUUAAUAUUGUUGAUGUACACCUUGAUAUACUGUAUUUAUCAAACCAAACUGUGUCUGUGAUAAAGAAAUAAACAAUAUUUCAAGCAUAAA